GUAGUUUUUCCACAGCGAAACCAGCGCCGCGCGUGACAACCAUCAAGAAUCAAUCAACACUUCCAGUGGCAGUCAGUUCAAUUUCAGCGUCGUCCACGCGUAUUAAGGAGCACAUCCCUCGGAGUUGGUGCGCGUGUGAGAAAGAGAGACCAAGUGAAACAGAGAGAGGCAAAUAGGUUGUGAGAAAACCUACAUAAGAAGGCUCUGCACGGACACGGCAGGGAGCGAAUAAGAGAGCGAGAGCGAGAGGUGAAAUAUAUUAAUUUUGAAAUAAAUUAUAAAAGCGAUCAGCGGAGGACGGACCGCUUCCAGACUGAGAGUGAGUGCAGUGCAAGGCCCAACAUCCUCCCGAAUCAUCAUCGACCCGUAGGAUUCCGGUGCGCAUCCAGGAACCGUCACUUGAUAACACCCAGGAGAUCAUCUCCUUCGCAUCCAAAAUAGUAAAGUAGUUGGCCAGUGUUGGAAAAUAGCAAUCAGAUCAGUUCGAGUCAGAAGAGUAUCCGCAUCCGUGUCAAGUGAAAUUAGUGAAGUGAAAUUGUCGUGUGAUUGACAACUGUCAUUCGGAGUAUUUCGGUGUGCCAGUAGUGUCGUCGUUCAAUUCACAAAUUGCAGUAGCAGUAAAACGCGGUGGCAGAAAAUGGUUCAAAGCGCGUUUGGCCAAGUAAUCGUGGCACCGAGUCGCUAGUAACUAGCCGUCGUUGAAAGUGCGGCGUGCCUCUCCGAAUAAGCGAAAACCGCGAAACACCAUCCAACACGCGCGGCUGAAACGAAAUAUAUAAAAACCGUUCAAGUUGAUGCAUAAUUUUAAAACCGAGCUUUUGCGCGGGGCAAUAAAAGAGAAAUAGUUGGAUAAGUGAGUGAUUUUGCUAUAUUUUCUUUGGCACAUUGCGAUUUCUGUUUCGCUUCUUUUUUUUCCCCGCUCUCUUUCAAACCCACUUGACGAAUUUCAUGAACGCCCACCCCCCGUGGUUUGCGAGACCUCCAUUUACUACUGCCGCUUCUGCCCUACGGGUGUCGUCUUUAUUUUUUCGUCGCUCGCUGCUUCUUCUGCAGUUUCGACAAAUGUAAUAAUCUUAUUUUUUUGCCGAAGAGAGCUUACGAAAAUUGAAUUUAUUAAACAACAUUACAUCAAAGUUCGAAAACAGCGAGAGAAAAUUAGCAAAAAAUAAAACCGAAGAAUUUCGAAAGGAAGAAGAAUAUAACAAAGUCGUGAUUCGAAAUUGCAACGAAAAACAACAACACAAAAGAAGCGAAGAAAACGAGAAAAAAAUAAUUCAAGCCCCAAAGAGAGUGGUGUGUUUGUGGUGCGCUUGAAUCGAAUUGGUGCAUUUGAAAAAUUGCAGUUUUUUGCAUCAAGGAUCUACGUAAAGAAAAGAUUUGAGUCGCAGCAAAUUGGGCGGCGCAAAGCAACAUCCAGGACCCGAAUCCAGCAUUCAGCCAACAAUUCGUGGAGAUGCGGAGUUUAGACAAACUGUGGUGGUGGCGGCCGAUAGGCCUAUCGAAAUGCAACUACUCCUAUGCCCUGCUAGCCGGACUGAUGGUCCUCUGCUCGUCGCUCUCAGUAGUACAAACAGGUCCAGUGAUCAGGCCUCGUCGGAUGAUGCGAGAGAUCUACGGUGAGAUCACGGAUGCGAAUGCACAGAAUGUCACAAACUUUAUUGCAGACACAUGUCUAUACGAUGGAUCGCAAGUGUCGCGUACGAGCAUCACCUGCGAGAAGAAGCAUGGCUGUAGGGCGAUUCAGAAAACGGGCGAAUGUUGUCCGGAUUAUCAGUGCGAAUGCCAACGAGACGGCAAAGUCUAUGCCAAUGGAGAGAAGGUGUUCGACCCGGAAACGCCCUGCCGGGUGUGUUACUGUCAAGGAGGCGAAAUCACUUGCGGCCAGGUAUCUUGCUACAAGCGACACGAUUGUGAACCGAAAUUCAUUCCCGGUCGCUGCUGCCCGGAAUAUGACAACUGCCCUCCUCUAGAAAACUCCAACAUCGCAGAGCCUACCUCACCGAGCGACGACCAUUCCAGUGAGCUGAAGGAAACCGAAAUCGAAGCCGAAGACCUCCUGGAUGCAGAGAACAAGAAACUAUCGUCGAUCACAUCGAACGACGUCACCACUGCCGGUACGACCACGACCACUACCGAAGGAUCCACGACACCCAAAGUUCAAAUCCACGCGGCAAACAACAAUCCGCUGGGUUUAUUCAAAAUCAAGGAAAUCACCAAACCGGAAGAGAUUCGAUUGACCGAUUCCAGACCAAAAAUCACCACUACAACCGCGGCGUCGAGCAGCAACGAAGUGACGGCACAUCCAUCGACAGAGUCAUCCUCAUCCCCGUCGUCGCACAGCGAAGAGGCAAACCAUCUGGAGCAUUUGGAUCUGAACGUUACCGAUGACGGUGAUGAAGGCACGAAGAACGUCCGGCACACCGAUGAAGAUGGAGUGGUUAACGGAACUUCCGAGGUUACCGAUUCCGGAGAGAGUUCAACCGCCGGUCCUUCCGAGCCGUUAUCGUCGUCGUCGUCGUCCUCGGAUGAAAUGGAAUUGUCGUCGGAGUCUAGUAGUUAUACUACGGUGCGAGUGCUGGUGCCUGCAACGCCUUCCACGACUACGUCCAUGCCCGACGAUGUUUCAGACGAAGUAACCAAGAAGGAUAAACCGUUGCCAGCGGUUGUUCAGAUUGGGGACAAGCUGGUGAUCGUGGAUCACAAUCAGCUGAAACCGAUUACUGUGAUUCAGGUUGAGGAGGUUGCGGGACUGCAACGUGGAGAGGAUGACAUAUCGUACGAUCAGGAGAUGUACACGGAUCGGGCUCCGGAGAACAGAGAAACGCCAAAGCACAUGAAAUUGGAGAGUAGCGAAAGGGAGACCCUGUCGACGCAGGCGGAUUCAAGUGUGGCUUACGAAACGGUUUAUCACGGAGGAUCGACGGAGAAUUUGGCAUCGGAAGAGGUUUUCGAGACGCAGCAUUAUACGGAAGGUCCGGAAAGUAGUGCAGAGAGGAAUGAUACUCAGACCGAUCAGCUGUCGGCGAGUAGUGAGGAGUUUAUACAGUUGACGCUGUCGUCGGACAAACCGGGCAAGUUGGACGAUGAGCAUACGACUUUGAAUUCAUUGGCCACGAGUGGAGAGGAAGGUAGCACAACCAUGGCAGAUUUCAAUAUUAUGUCGGCGAGCUCGGAAGCGUCAGGGGAUGAAGUGUAUGAAACGCAUUUUUAUACGGAAGGUCCGGGAAGUUCUUCGGAAACUACGGAAGUGAAUGCGAUUUCGGAAACUCCUCAAUCUACAAAGCCAAGUAAGGAUCUUCCAGUGGACGACAUGGCCACGCAAAGGAAGCCGUACAUCGAGGACGAUGAACAUGAUCUGAUUCAACCAGGAUUCCAGCCCAUCCCUGAGGACUUUAGUCUGCUGUUGAGAGAUCAACCCGCGAUGGAUGAUGAAAUGGAACAGUCCAGUGCUCCAGCGAAGAGCGAACGGAAGGAAGAUAUUGCAACGCCUAAGAUUUUGUCAGAAGUGUACGAAUAUCGUCAGAACGCGUCCAGUACGACGACAACGGAAGCUUCAAGUGAAAUGGAGAAUGAGGUGACAAUUUCUCCAUCCUGGUUGAAAGAUGAAUUCAAGCCAAUGCUUCGAGCUCCUGGAGAGCCUCAUCUGGUUCCUGAAUGGGAACGUAGCAAUGUUACCGUCAGUAAUUCGUCCUCCGAUGAGGAAUUCAGUGGAGCUGGAGAGUUCCAUGUGCUGAAGAUGAACUCCGAGGAGUACAUUGACAGUUCUUCGGAGGGUAGCGGAUCGAGCUCGCCCAGGAAGGAAUCCGAGGAAACUACCCUUGCGCCAACAAAGCUUCUACUGCAAGACAUUGAUUCGCCGGAAAGUGGGUCCUCUUUGGAGUCAGACAGUGUGAAGCAUAAUCCAAAAAAUGACGUCGAAAGUGUCAAGUAUGACGAGGACGAAAACAGUACCGUCCAGGAGGCACUACCCAAACAGGUGAAAUCUAGUGUUUGAACUUCGAGCAGUGAAGUGCGUAACUUUAUGGUAGAAGAAUUCAAUCAAAUUCAAAUAGAAACUAGCUAAACGAAUUUACUGAAUCAAGUAUUUAGCAAAGCAAACAAAAUCAAACAGGUAUUCUCGUUAGUCCGGAAAUCACCCUUCGGGAACGACUGAGAAUAAGGUGCCAGUUAAUGAAAGAAGCAAUUCUGCGUCUCUUUCUCCUUGAUUAAUCGAGUAAGGUUUAUUUAUUAUUCCUCCAAUUUCCCGCGCGUUGCAUCAAGUCGGGCGUUGGAAGUCUCUAAUCUACUAAAAAAAAAGUGAGGGAUGGUUCUAAAACUACGAUACGCUUUAGACAGUUCAUUUUAGUGCCAUUAACCACACAGAAUGAAGAACGGAUACGCACACAAAUUCGUCAAGAAGCUACAACUACAACAACAACAACAAAUCGGGUUCGCUUCCUGUGUCCAAGUCUCCGCUGCAAACCCCCACACACACAUACAAGUGCAAUCAUUCCCUUUUUUUAUCGGUUUUCACUGGUCCGAUUGGUUUGGUGAUAUCGAUCGAUUGGAGCUGUGAAAACCACGAUGGAACUAGUAGCUAGUCACUCUAGUUAUGAACCAAGCGCGGUGCUUGACACCAGGUAAAGCGACAAAACUCGUAAAAUUUGUACAAAUUGAGAAACAGGAACAUAUCCAUGGCAAACAAAAUAAUAAAACAAACGAAUUAUCAAGGAAACCUUCAUAUUCUCCCAAAACCUUAUGUUACUUGUAAUGGCUCAAAUAAUUGAAGAGAACAUAGUCGUUGGUGUAAAUUAUUUAUUACGCGAUGAUUGCGAAAUUUGAAAAAAAAACAAAAUUUGGAUUUACACAAAUGCAAACAGGCUGCACUCAAACUAAACCCAGAAUCCAUUCAUUCAAAACACUCACCAGAGAGGCAUGUGAUAGUUCUUACCGUUUGUUGAAUAUUUGAAAUCCUUCAACCGAACGGAUAUGAUGACUCUGAAUUACUAAAAUCUCACUACAACCGGAAACAGAAGACAACAUUCUUAUCAAACUUAAAGAAUAGACCGAACGAAAUCGUAGAUUAAGUUUAAGACUGUUACUAGCGAUAGUUGAUUAUGAUUAUAUACGAAUUACAAGAAAUGGAAAAUGAUUAUUUAUUGAUUAUUUAUAAUCGAGCACGAAUAUGUCGUCGCGUUGAUUUCAAGUUCAUCUUCAUUUCAACUGUCAAACAUUAUGUAGUCGGCCGGGCGGGGAUGAAACGCCCCCACCGCCCCUAGCAAAUAGUAGGCAUUUUUUCUCAAUUUUUAUCAUUAUUAUUAUUAUUAUUAUUAUUACGACAACUAUCAUUAUUUUUAUAGACAAAACCGAUUAUCAUUUCAUUAGAGGAGUAAGUUCCCUUUCCCUCCUCCAUCGGCUUCCCGAGUAGACCCGUAAGAAUCGUUAGGAAAAAUAACUAUUAACUGAAGAAAGAGUCAUACUUGUAAUUUGAACUAUUAUUAUUAUGUAAACUACAGCAGUUAAAAGUUUGAAGGCCAUUUUCGUUUUCCUUUCUCGAUACGUGCAAGCUAUAUUGGAACUGUUCAAUAUUUGGUUGAGAAGUAAGGAAAACGCACUAGCCGGACCCUCUCUCUUCCCCCAACUGGGAGCUGAUGCUGCUGAGUACUACAUAAUGAAUCUAGGCAAUUAUGGAAUUUAGAUGCAAGUCCUUACUAGGCGAAGAAGUCGAUUGAAUAAGGAAUGUAAAAUAAAAUGAAUAAAAUAAUAAAAAACUUUCUAGAAA